AAACAAUCCCACUCACUCAGAUUCACAUCAAUACUCAGGCAAUAUGUCACGACCACUCGAAAAGAGAUUAGCUAUCAUCACCGGUGCAUCGCGAGGUCUUGGUGCAGGACUGGCCCGCCAUCUCGCCGCAAAAGGAGCAAACAUACUCAUAGUCUACACAUCCGACGCCUCGACCGCCGCAGCCACCGACCUUGCCGCAGAGCUCGAAAGCAAACACUCGGUGAAGACUGCGGUAGUCCAAGUAGACAUAACCACGCCCAGCGGCCCAGACCACCUCAUCGAAAAAGCAAAGUCGGCGUUCACCAAAGAAGAUGGCACGUUCCAAAUCGACAUUCUGAUCAACAAUGCAGGCGUCGUGAACCCAGCGCCCCUAGGCUCCGUCACGCUAUCAGAUUUCGACGCAACUUUCCAAUUGAACGCCCGCGCGCCGCUUUUCGUCCUGCAAGCUGCGAUACCAUACUUGCCCAACGACCGAUCUGGGCGCGUCAUCAAUGUAUCCAGUAUAACGACGUCGAUGGGCUUCUGGUGGCAGUCUUGCUACGCGGGCACGAAAGGCGCGCUUGAGGCUAUGACGCGCGUCUGGGCGAGGGAGCUCGGGGAGCGGUGCACGGUGAAUAGCAUUAACCCUGGUGCAAUGGCAACGGGUAUGUAUACUAGCUUGCCGAAGGAAAUGCUUGAGAAGGUUUGGUCGUUGAAUUAUAUGGCGCCGCUGGCGGCUACUCGGGAGGGCAUAGAUUCGAAGGAGACAAUUGCUGCUGCGAAGGAUUUAGGUGGCAGGCCGGCGUAUCUAGAGGAAGUUGCGGGAGUUGUAGGGCUGUUGUGUAUGCCUGAGGCUGGGUGGAUUACAGGGCAGGUUAUCGGCAGUAAUGGUGGCGGUGUCAUGACGAAAGGAUGAUCUGGAUACAUGUACAUAAGAGACUAUUGUGCGGUAG